UUUAUAAAAUAUAAAUCAACCCAGAACUUUCACUAGCCAGUAAACAAGAAAACAAUAUUUAUCUUGUUUUGCAAGAAAUGUUUUGAACAGUCACAAUCCCAAACAACAAACCCAGAAAAUGCUACAACCAGCUCCGCCUAUUCUCGCCGUCGUGUGCAUCACUCGCCGCCGUGACACCGAGUAAAUCAACCGGAGAUCUUCUUCUUCUUUCUGUGCUAUUCAACGUUUUCAUCCGCUCUCUGUGCAAGCUAGGGUUUCAGUUCGGUGCACACACUAUGACUGGAAUUAGGUUUCUGAUCACUCGUCGGAUGUAUAAUACUUGUUCAAAAUCGAACAAUCAUGUUUAUCAAGUUAAGGACAUUAUAAGGCCAUCUGUGAGCAGCAUAGGAGUCAUAGGACAUGACUAUACAGCCAACAAAAGUACUAGAAGUAACAAUGUGGGCAUAGUUUCACCUACACUAUCGAACCUUCGUCUUCGGACUACUUCGCCUUUUCUAGGAACGACGUAUUUGUUGAAUCAUCGGUUGUAUUCAUCAUCUGCCGGUAAUCGUGGAGAGGAUGUGGCGGUUUCGGGAUCGAGUGGACCGGAAGGUGUUGAUACUAGUGGAUUUGAUGGAAAUGAUUUGCUUCAUAAGGUGAAGGAAGCGUGGCACUCGACUGUAGAUGUUGCGUCGCAAACUAGUGACAAGGCUAAAGAAGCGUUUAAUGAAGUGAGUCCGCAUGUAGAACAGUUACUUGAUACGCAUCCUUAUCUUCGUGAUGUUAUUGUUCCGGUUGGUGGGACCAUAGUGGGAACUUUUGCUGCUUGGGCUGUGCUGCCGAGAAUCUUUAGAAGGUUUCACAAGUACUCAACUGAAGGGCCAGGUACGUUCUUACCAGCAGGAGCAUUGUGGAGUGCGGUGCCUUAUGAGAAAAGCUUUUGGGGUGCAUUGGAGGUUCCUGUGAGAUAUCUCAUAACCUUCAUGGCGUUUUCACAAAUAGGAGUGAUGGUAGCACCAACAACGAUUGCUUCACAGUUCAUUGGACCUGCAUGGAAGGGUGCUGUUAUAAUUUCAUUUGUGUGGUUUUUGCAUCGAUGGAAAACAAAUGUUAUCACACGUGCGUUGGUAAUGAAGUCUGUGGAGGGUGUUGACCGUGAUAAGCUGUUGACUUUGGACAAGUUCUCUUCUGUUGGCUUGUUUGUCCUUGGUGGUAUGGCUUUAGCUGAGGCCUGUGGGGUAGCUGUGCAAUCUAUUUUGACUGUUGGAGGAAUUGGAGGGGUUGCAACUGCUUUUGCUUCUAGAGACAUUCUUGGCAAUGUCCUGAGUGGGUUAUCUGUACAACUUUCGCAACCAUUUUCAAUUGGAGAUACGAUAAAAGCUGGAUCUGUUGAAGGUCAAGUUAUAGAGAUGGGGCUCACAACUACCUCAUUGCUUAGUGCAGAAAAGUUUCCUAUAGUGGUUCCAAAUUCAUUGUUUUCUAGUCAGGCGAUUGUGAACAAAUCACGAGCUGGAUGGCGGGCCAUGGCAUCUAAAAUUCCUGUGCAAGUUGAGGACCUUGAGAAAAUCCCGCUAAUAUCGGAGGAGAUAAAGAAUAUGAUGAAGUCUAAUGCCAAUGUUUUCUUAGAGAAAGAGCAGCCAUAUUGUUAUCUCUCGAGAGUGGAAAGAUCAUUCGCAGAGCUUAGCAUUGGAUGCAACCUAAAACAAAUGAGCAAAGACAAGUUAUUCUCAGCAGAGCAGGAUGUUCUUCUACAGUCUGUUGGAAUAAUCAAGAAGAAUGGUGCUUCGUUGGCUAGUACAUGGGGGACAUAAAAGGCUCGAUCUACAAAGUACUAACAAUCAGUGUAACUAAACGGGUUAGAUUUUUUUUGGAGUGACCCAAAUACUUGUGAGAAUGGUUGAUGAAUAUAGUUCCUCUUGAACCUUUGAAAAAAGAGCUUUAAGCACUUCUAAUAUGGGAGUCGUUAAGUGACCUAACCGAAUUUCAAGUGUUGAUUGUAAAAGUUUUGGUCUCUUCGCUUGUACUCA